AUGGAGGAAGAUGUCUCUCAGAAUCCCAACAAUCAAGAAAAGGAAGAUGAUGCUGAAUGCUUCCAAGGCGUCAGCAACUCGUGGCUGGGAGACAGGGAGUGGAGACAGUGUAGGGUCACCAGAGGCGCAAUUAUUGCAAAUGAAAGGACCAAAAUGAUCCAGCCAACGUCCUUAAAAGACCCCAAACUGGAAAAGCUUCAGGAGACGCUGCUGGAUUGGAUCAAUAGCACUCUGAAAGCAGAGCACAUCGUGGUUCAGAGUUUGGUCGACGAUCUCUACGACGGCCUCGUUCUUCAUCACCUCCUGGCCAGGUUGGCUGGCGUGCGCUUGCCCUUGGAUGAGAUGGCGCUUCGCAGCUCGGCUCAGAUCCGCAAGCUGGAAGCCGUGCUGGAGGAGUUCGACAAGCGGCUGGGCCAGACGGACGCCAAGUGGAGCGUCAGUCUAAUCCACAAGAAAGACCUCUUGGCCACGCUUCACCUGCUGGUUGCCAUGGUAAAACAUUUCCAGCCCGAACUGGAGUUGCCCUCUGAUGUCAAGGUUCAAGUUGUGGUCGUGGAAGUGGGCAAGAGCGGAAUCCGGUCUGAAGUUCAAACAGAGGUUUUAACAGAAAAAAGGAACAAUUCAGAGACCCUCUGCAGCACAGAUGGAGACGCUAAUCCUGUGGAGCAGCUGUUGAAACUGGAGGCUCACAAGGUCGCCGUGGUGAAGCAGGCUCUGCUUGACUUUGUAAACGAGAGAAUGGCAAGCCUGGGCUUGCAUGUGUCCGAUUUGGACAAGCAGUUUUCUGAUGGUGUCAUGUUGCUCCUGCUGAUCGGACAACUAGAGGGCUUCUUCAUUCCUCUUUCUGACUUCAAUUUGACCCCCAUCAACCACGCAGAGAUGAUGCGCAACGUGUCUUUGGCCUUGAGCUUCCUCACUCAUUUGGGCCUUCAGGUGUCCGCUGUCCAACCACAAGAUGUCGUCGCUCAGGAUGUCGCAGCCACGCUGAAGGUCCUCUUCGCUCUUUAUAGCAAACAUGGAAGACAAGACAUUAUUUCUGCCUUCAUUUAG